CAAUUUAACAUGCUAGCAGCUAGCCAGCUGAAAGCGAACUGCUGUUAUCAAGCUGUUGGAGGAGAAGUUGUUUAAUGUUGUGUUAGCCCAGUUAACGCUCAGAAAAACACGGGAAAGUGAAGUCCGAUGUUGUCGUUGGAUUAAUAAUCUGCGUUUUCACAAGACGCAGGUGGUUGAAGAGUUUUUUUCUUCGGUUUUCAAAGUUUGAUGCACCUGUUGCGCCUUGAACCUGCUGGCAGCUCUGAACAGAUGUAAACGGUUUAACCGUCGCUGUGUGAGAUACACGUUCAGAAAUAGAAAAUAUGAAGGCGAACAAACGUAUUUAUCGAUUAGUUUCCACAUAUCGUUUCACCCCUCCCCUCUGAGCUGUUGAGUUUCACUUCCUGGUUUCUCAGAUUGAUCCAGAGUGGCAGACAGAAAUCGAGGGACGACCAUGUUUGAGAAUGUCCCGACAGUGUCCUCAGCGGAGCGUCAGCAGGUCCUGGGAGCUCUGGAGCGUCUCCAGGCCAAACUGGUCCAGAGGGAGGAGUGGACCCACAGUGACACCAUUGGAAACCUGAGGGAGACCCUGCAGAGUCCGCUGUUCAACCACAUCCUGACCCUGCAGCACUCUAUCAAACAGCUCCAGAACCAGCUGAGCUGUAUGCCUCCUGAUGCCCGCAGUGAGAUCAGUUUCUCUAGAAAGGGUCAGCUGAUCAUGAGCGCUGUUAAUCCAGCCAGCAGCUCAGCCGCGCCCACCCUGUCCGCCUCCUCCUCUGUCCUGACCAAUGGCUCAUCUCUGCCCAUCCAUCAGACUCCGCCCCUGACUGACCUCCUGCAGAGGUGGAUCCUUGCUGCAGCCAAGGGUCGCCACACGGAGCUCAUCAGUCUGACUCGGCCUCUCUCUGGAGGUCUGGGCUUCAGCGUGGUCGGUCUGAAUCCAGCAGGAAGCAGCAGUCAGGGUGUCUUCGUCAAACACGUCCAGCCCGGAGGCAUCGCUCACAGGGACGGCCGACUGCAGGAGCGGGACCAGAUCCUGGUGAUAAACGGCAGCCCUCUGGAGCCGGGGAUCAGCCAGCAGCAGGCCCUCACCCUCCUGCAGCAGCCCGGAGAGACGGUGGAGCUGGUGGUGACCAGGGACCGCCCCCUCGACACGUCAUCACAGCCUGCCGCUGCCAUCAGCACGGAUCAGUGGGGUCACGUGGAGGAAAUUGAGCUGGUGAACGACGGAUCUGGUUUGGGCUUCGGCAUCGUGGGAGGGAAGACGACUGGGGUGGUGGUCAGAACGCUCGUCCCAAACAGUGUGGCUGACAAAGACGGGCGUCUACGCACAGGUGACCACAUCCUGUGCAUCGGAUCGACGCCCACCACCGGCCUCACCAGCGACCAGGUUGUCAAGGUGCUGCAGGGGUGCGGGAGUCGUGUGACCAUGCUGAUUGCCAGGGACCCCCAGGGUCAGAGGUCAACAGCCCCUCCUCCCCCACCACCUCCAGACUCCGCCCCCAUCUCCUCCUUACCCCCCCGACCGCCUGACCUGCCUCAACGCCGGCUCAGCAAGACGCCCAACCUGGAGGGAUAUGAGAUCCAUGAGGUUCCUUUAACCAAGAAGGAGGGCCAGAGCCUCGGCAUCUCCAUCGUCGGCUACAACCCCCUGACGAGCCAAGAUGCAGUAGGUGUCUUCGUGAAACAUGUGGUUCCAGGCAGCGCUGCAGAUCAGAGUGGAAACAUUCGAAUCCAUGACCGACUGAUUGCUUUGGAUGGUGUCAGUCUACACGGUCUGACCAAUCAGGAGGUGCUGGAGGUGAUGAAGAGGACGGGUGAGACUGUGGUUCUCUCUGUUGUCAGAAAGAAAGCCAGAGGCCUGGAGAGAUCCCUGGACAAAGUGGAGAGGGAGUCGUCUCGUGUGUCAUUGAGGAGGUCGUUGGAUAUGAAGACUCGCUCGUCGGGGUUUGGUGUUAUGACAUCAAAGCUUGAAACAACGUACUCCAACACAGCACAGCUAACACAAGCUACAGAGGCAGAACUCAGAGCUAAAUGGGAGGCGGCCCUGGGACCACAGUACCAAGUUCUGGUAGUGAAGUUGGAUCCCGUCAUUGAAGAUGAUGCAGAGCUGCAGAAAUCAUCCAAGCUGCUGCCCAUCCACACUCUGCGUCUUGGCGUCGAGCUGGACUCGUUCGAUGGUCACCACUACAUCUCCUCUGUGGCCCCUGGGGGCCCUGUGGACAAACACGGGCUCUUGAGACCAGAGGAUGAACUCCUGGAGGUGAACGAUGUUCAGCUGUACGGCAAGUCUCGUCGGGAAGCGGUGUCCUUCCUCAAAGAGGUGCCUCCGCCGUUCACCCUGGUCUGCUGCCGACACCCGACCUCCGAGCUGGAGCCACAACCUGAAUCUGAAUCUGAACCAGAGACUGAACCAGCAGUGCGACUUGGACCUCAACCAGGACCAGGAAGACAAUCGCAAUCCAGUGUGGAGGAGAUGGAGCUGAAGCUGUCGUCGAUGCUCUGCGGUCCCACAGAAAACAGGGAGGACACCAGUGAACAGCAGCAGGCAGCGAGACAGCAGCAGGUGUCUCCUGUAAAGGAGGUGUCGACAGAGGAGACGAUGCACUACAAACAGGAGGAGGAGGGGGAGGAGGAGCAGGAUGAAGAUGAAGAUGAAGAUGAAGAUGAAGAUGAAGAUGAAGGGGAGCUCGCUCUGUGGUCUCCUGACGUUCAGGUGUUGCAGCUGCAGAAGGAAAGAGACAAGGGCCUCGGCUUCAGCAUCCUGGACUACCAGGACCCGCUGGAUCCGGGUCGCUGCGUGACGGUGAUUCGCUCUGUGGUUCCCGGCGGUUCAGCGGAGCAUCACGGCGGUUUGCUUCCUGGAGACCAGCUGGUGUCGGUCAACCAGACCCAGGUGGACCAGCUGACCCUGGACGAGGCCGUGGAGGUCCUGAAGUCCGUCCCGCCCGGCACCGUCCACCUGGGCAUCCGCAAGCCUCUGGUGGUGGAGGAAACAGAGAGGAGAGACGACAGCAGCCAGGAUUCAGUCAGCAACACACAGCUACCUGUGCCGAAGGGUUUCGGCGACGGCUCCAUCCUUCCAGAAGACCUUCAAGAAGAAGAAGAAGAAGAAGAGGAGGAGGAGGAGGAGGAGCCGGAGUUGAUCCUGGAUGGAGGUCUGCCUCGCUACACCUCCUUCUCUCUGACCUCAGACCUCCCGCCUGUGAAGGAGGGUAGGGAGAUGGCUGUGGAUGAGGAGGUGGAGGAGGAAGAGGUAGAGACGCAGGAGAAAGCCGAGGAGGACAUGGGCUCCCUCCCCAGGAAACCUCCUCCGUCGUGGGAGGAGUGGAAGCUCAUGUCCUCCAGCCGGACCCAAGGAGCAGAGCAGCUCCGGAGGAGAGAGAAGCAGGAGGAGCUCAGAGAGAGAGAGGAGGAAGACCAGGAGGGCAUCGUGUCUGCGGGAAACCUGAUUCUGGACUCCAGAGACAGUGAAGCAGACUCUGAGCUCACUCUGACAGACACCGACACCGAGUCUGUCAGGAUGACUGCCAGAGAGAGGAGGAAGAGGCGGGGCCAGGGAGGAACCUCUUUACCAAUCAGAGGAGGCAGCAGUGAUCUACCUGAAAGAGAGGAGGGGGAGGGAGAGGAGACCCCUGCCUUCAGUCACUGGGGACCCCCCCGCAGGGUGGAGGUCUGGCCUGAGGAGGGUCAGUCUUUGGGACUGAGCAUCGUGGGAGGUCGUCAUGUCAUCAAGCGUCUGAGGAAUGGAGAGGAACUAAAGGGAAUCUUCAUCAAACAGGUUUUACCCAACAGUCCUGCUGCCAGAACACAGUGUCUGAAGACUGGAGACAAGAUCCUGGAGGUGUCAGGUGUAGACCUACAAGCUGCUAGUCAUGAGGAGGCAGUCAGUGCCAUCAAAUCAGCCCCGAGUCCCGUCGUCUUCAUCGUCCAGAGCCUCUCGGCUACUCCACGGCCCAUGUCUCUGACAGCCCCCAGCUACAGUAAACACAAAGCAAAGAGGACAGUCUCUCCGCCGCCAGCUGCAGCCCCACCCCCUCUGAGACAGCCCCCGCCCUACAGACCUCCCAACCUGUCAGAGCUGAACGAUGAGCUGGAGCAGGCCAAAGAGCGCUGGUGUGAGCGUUAUGGAGACCUUCGUGGGGAGCUGCUGUGUGUGGAGCUGGAGAAGGAGCGGCAGGGUUUGGGUCUCAGCCUGGCAGGAAACAGAGACCGGUCCCGCCUCAGCAUCUUCGUGGUGGGACUCCAUCCGGGCGGGGCGGCCGCUCGAGACGGACGCAUUCGAGUGGGAGACGAGCUGCUGGAGAUUAACAACCAGGUUCUUUAUGGGCGGAGUCAUCAGAACGCCUCGGCCAUCAUCAAGAGCACCGCCUCCAAGGUGAAACUCAUCCUGCUCAGAAGUGAAGAUGCGAUAAACCAGAUGGCCGUCCCCCCCUUCUCGACUCCCCCUCCUCCCCCCCUGCUCAGCCCUGUCAGCUCUGAGUCUGUCUGUCCGGCUCCUCUCGGUGUCUCCGUCCCCGCUGACGGCCUGACGCUCCACCCAUCGUCUGACGCACCGGACGAGACGAGUGACGAAGCAGAACAGAACCGGGACAGCAGCAGCGCCCCCAGGAGUCUGAGAGAGGCCGACACCUUCAGGAAGAGGCUGAAAGCUGCAGAGUCUCCAGAAAAUGAACUACAGGCCCUGAAGGCAUCGCAGGAGCAGCAGUCCUACAGGUCCCACAGCAGCUUCAGUAAACAGACCGCAGCAUCUCCUCCUCUGCUCAGCCCAGACCUGCAGACAGCCAACAGAGACCCAUCCUGCUGUGUGGUGGUUCCUGGUCAGGAGACCCUGUUGGAGAUCUGUAAAGGUCGAUCAGGACUGGGGCUCAGUAUAGUGGGAGGAAGAGACACACAGCUGGAUGCCAUAGUGAUCCAUGAGGUUUAUGAAGAAGGGGCUGCAGCCAGAGACGGACGACUGUGGGCCGGAGACCAGAUACUCGAGGUGAACGGGGUGGACCUCCGCGGGGCGUCCCACGAGGAGGCCAUCGCCGCCCUGCGACAGACGCCGGCGAAGGUUCGCCUGACGGUGCUGAGGGACGAGGCUCAGUACAGAGACGAGGAGAACCUGGACAUCUUUAAGGUGGAACUGCAGAAGAAGAGCGGCAGAGGACUGGGACUCAGCAUCGUUGGGAAGAGGAGUGGCAGUGGUGUGUUUAUCUCCGAGGUGGUCAGAGGAGGCGCCGCUGAGCUGGAUGGUCGUCUGAUGCAGGGAGAUCAGAUCCUGUCAGUCAAUGGCGAGGACACGAGACACGCCUCCCAGGAGACCGUCGCCGCAGUACUGAAGUGCGCUCGCGGUCCGGUCCUGUUGGAGCUCGGACGACUCAAAGCUGCAUCCUGGAUCUCAUCCAGACAUAACUCGCAAGGAAGUCAGAUGAGUCAUGUGAGCGGGAACGUCUCAGGUGUUGUGGCUCCGCCCUCUGACCCCCCGACCUCAACCUCCAGCGGCCCCCUGCCCCCCAACAACAACAACAACACAAAAUCCAGCAGUGACAUCACUUCCUCCUCCAACAGCACAGGCGUAGAUGGUGGCGUCCGCACGGUGGAGAUCACGAGGGGUGUCAACGACUCCCUCGGGGUGAGUAUAGCAGGCGGGAAGGGCAGCCCGCUGGGCGACAUCCCCAUCUUCAUCGCCAUGAUUCAGGCCAACGGAGUCGCAGCCAAAACACACCGACUUAAGGUGGGCGACAGGAUUGUCAGUAUUAAUGGUCAGUCGGUGGACGGUCUGUCACACGGCGAGGUCGUCACCAUGUUGAAGAACAGCUACGGAAACAUCAGCCUGCAGGUGGUAGCGGACACCAACAUCAGCGCCAUCGCCACUCAGGUAGAGAGUUUGUCCAGCAGCUCCGGUCUGUCAGCCAACACCGACACACACACGGCAGAGCCAGAGGGUCCGCGGCCCCGCAGCAUCAGUCUGGAGAAAGGCUCUGAGGGACUCGGCUUCAGCAUCGUCGGAGGAUUUGGCAGCCCGCACGGAGACCUGCCCAUCUACGUCAAGACCGUCUUCAGCAAGGGUGCAGCGGCGGUCGAUGGGCGGCUGAAGCGAGGCGACCAGAUCCUGUCGGUGAAUGGCGAGAGUCUGCAGGGAGUGACGCACGAACAGGCGGUCGCCAUCCUGAAGAAACAGAGAGGAACAGUCACCCUGGACGUCCUGUCAUAACACACACACACACACACACACGCGUAUGAACACAGGAGCUCCAAACACACACUUUGACUCUCUGACUGUGAAUCAUCAUGAACUCUGAGCUCAACAUGCAAAAAAAGAAAGAGCAUCAGAUGGUGCCAACACACACACACGCACACACACACACACACACACGCACACACGCCCACACAAUCUUCCUGCUGCCUGUGGGUGAAACUUGUCACGUGUAUCUCAAAACAUUAACGUAGAAAAAGCUUCUCAACCUUGGGCUCGGGGCCCUCAGUGUGGUCGCCUGGUACAGAGACGGGGUCGGAUUGUUUCUGGACGGUGACUGUUUGCUGGUUUUAAUCUUCUGUGACUGUAACCUGAAAGUCUUUGGGUUUUGGACUGUUGGUUGGACAAAACAUUCGCAGACUCUGGGAAAAUUAUCAUUAGCAGCGGUCCUAAAGUUUAUUCCAGUUUGUCUUGUGGGGAACAUGAAACUUCAGUGUGAGCCACUGGAGCUGGCAGGACUCAUGAUCGCAUCAACGUCCAUCCAGCAGUCAACAUGAUGUCAUACAUGAUGUCACAGGCCAGAAAAGGUUGAGAAACUCUUUUACUGGACCGAUUACGAUUCAGAAUAUGGAACAGAUAAAGAUUACUGAACCAGUUAGUAAACUCUGCCGUCACGCUGAGCCUGAGGACAGACGACGGGUUUGGUCCAUAAUCCAGGUGAACAUAAGGGAAGUGUCCUCUGACACUGCAGCACACCUUAGCUUAGCCGUUAGCGACUGAGCAGAUCCAUAAAGGUGGAAGCGACCGGUGAGCAGAGUCUGGAAACACAAUAUAUGAACUCAUUCAAGCCCUCCAACAGCUGCAGAGCGAAAAGGGAAUUUUUCUUUACAAACUGAAAGUGAUUGUGCGUUUUCAAACUGGGAAAUGACAGUGACAGAAGGGUUUUCACAUACGUUGUGGGCACACAUGUACAGUGCAUUUUCAGUUUGAUUGAAUUAUAUAAACAAGUAUGUAGAAAUAUGAUUUAAUAUUGGCAGUCGCAGACUUCUGCAUGAGAAAACAUCUGGCUGAGAAGUGAUUUCAGCCUGUCAAAGUGUCCCACUUAGAACUUAACAGGACCUUCACAGUCCUAAAAGAAGUGUCAUCAUUUCUUAAUGUAAUAGUGAAUAUUUAACUCUUCACACACACACACACACACUAAAGGCUCUUUUAUCUCCAUGGAGACGACCCCUGUCACCCCAGCAGCACACACAGUGUCUUCCACAUGGAGGUCACCCUGGAGACAAAGAAUCAACGAGUCUCCACUGACAUUUAAAACAAUAAAAAGCUUCCUAGAGGCAACAGGCUGACAUUUGGUCCAACUCUCUUGUCCUCUACGGCCACAUGUUUCGCAUGUUUAGCCUAGCUUAGCACAACGACGGGAAGGCGGCGCUCGCUCGCAAACCCCCAGCUGUGGUUUAGAUGGAGAACAGAAGACUGGACUAAGACUUCAGACUGACUCACUUCAGGCUCAACGUGAAACUUUCCUCCGUGACGGUAGCUUUGUGUCGGCAGCCUUGUUGGCGUCCAGUGUGAAACGUCUAACUGAACUGUUUCAUAGCAGCUGUAAGCUUCAGCAUCAAGAAGACAACGCGUUUGCUUCUCAGAGAUGAGCUUCGGUCUUAAAACAUAUCAGUCAAGCUUUUUUGUCACGAUUACCGUCUGAAAUCUGGGUACUUUUAUUUGUAGACGUCAGAGUAGCUGAAGUGUAAUUUAUUUUUUUGAUCUUGCUUGAAUUUAACAAUGUAUUUUUUUGAUGUUGUUUAAUGAUUGUAUGUUGUGUGUUUUGCCAGCGUCUGAAUCAUUAGAACGGAAACCCUGCAGCUGUGGUUUGUCUUCUCACAGGACUCACUCAGAGUCAAAAGCCAGCUGGGUUUGCACUUUACUUUGCAGAAUUUGUUUAUGAUUUCCUAAGAUGUCUCUUGAAAAGAGUUAUGUUAUUUGGGUAAUAUUCACAGAGAAAAUAGAGAUGAUGUUCAGUUGAAUCUUUUAGUCAGAGCACAAUAAACGAUUAAUGAAAA